CCGGGACAGCAGCGCGCGCCCCCGCCGGCCGUUACCGCGGCGCAACGCGCGCGCUCGGUUGCCAUCGCGACGGCGGCGACGCGGCGGCAGCGGCAUGUCGGACCUCAGCUCAGAGGAGGCCGAGGAGGAGGCCGAGGCUUACCUGGGGGAGUAUGAUGGUGAGCGCAAUUCUGAAGGUGAACGGCAUGGACGUGGGAAAGCACUGCUGCCCAAUGGUGAUACAUAUGACGGUGAAUAUGAGCACAGUCUCAGAAACGGGCAGGGGACCUACAGAUUUAAAACUGGUGCUUUCUACAUUGGACAAUAUCUUCAAAAUAAAAAGCAUGGCCAUGGUACUUUUUAUUAUCCAGAUGGAUCAAAAUAUGAAGGAAGCUGGGUAGAUGAUCAGAGACAUGGCUAUGGAGAAUAUACCUACGCAAAUGGAGACACCUAUGCGGGAGAAUGGUUUAACGACAAUAGGCAUGGGCAAGGUAAAUACAUCUAUAAAGACACUGGAUCUAUGUAUGUUGGUGGUUGGGUAAAUGGAAUCCAGGAAGGAGAAGCGGAACUUAUCCACCUAAAUCACAGAUAUAGGGGCAAGUUUUUGAAUGGAAAUCCUGAAGGUCAUGGCAAAUAUAUCUUUGACAUUGGAUGUGAACAGCAUGGUGAAUACAUACAGUCAGAGGAGGACAAGGAGGAGGAAGAAGAAGAGGAGGAGCCCUCUUCACUUGCUGAACCAAAAUGGAUAGCAACAGAAAUUACUAAAUUAAUACUCUGGAUGCCCAAUGUGGAAAAAGCACCUUCUCCCAGUGAAGGCCCCCCAGCAGCAGCAGCAGAGGCAGCAGCAGCAGAUGAAGCAGUGGAAGAAACAGCAGCAGAUGAAAAAGACAAAAUGCAAACAAAUGCAGUCACUGAUGAGUCUGCUGAGCAUAGGGAUGAUGAGCCUUCUCUUCAUAAAGCAUCCAGUGAAGUUUUUAGCCCAACAAAGGAUGCAGAAGAAGAAGAUGAGGGAGUAAGAGAAGAAGAAAACAAAGAAGGAGAAGAGUACCAAGGAACUGCUAGUUUAGAAGAUGAGGAGGAAUCAAAGGAAGCAGAGUAACUUGGAUACAACUAAAGGCAAAUAUAGACAGAAAAGGAAAAUGCAGAGUAAAUCAUUAGUUAAGGUAAACCUGCAAUAUUUUUAUUCAUAUCUUCAUUAUCUUUUGAAUAAACAUUUUUGUCACUGUUCUGUCUGGAA